CUUGACAUGGUGUAGCUGAAGUUGAGUAUUUGAGGAACUGCUCAAACAUAAACAGACAGGCUCCAUUAACCACGUGUGUUUUAGCAUUAAAAGGGCUUAGUUGUAGCCUGUAGAAUGCUCCGGGAGUCUUACCCCUUCGUGGAGGACAGUUUCAGCCGCUUCCCGUCGCAGAGCAACAUUUACGGGCUGUGUCAGGCCGGGGAGCAGGAGCUGCUGGCGGCCACUCUCAAAGGGAAGGUAGUGUCUUUCAGGUACCAGGAGCUGCAGCAUAAAGUCCGGCCGGUGGCCAAAGAGGUCCAGUUCACUUAUAUACCAGUUGAUGCAGAAAUCGUAUCAAUUGAUGCCUUCAACAAGUCUUCACCCAAAAGAGGCCUGGUAGUGGGGAUCACUUUCAUAAAGGACUCUGGUGACAAAGCAACACCUUUCCUCAACAUCUACUGUGACUAUGAGCCCGGCUCAGAGUUCAACCUGGAGUCUAUUGCACAAAGCUGUCUGAAUCUGGAACUGCAGUUCACCCCAUUCCAGCUCUACCACACAGAAGUUCAGUGUGCUGAUGGAGGACUUGAAACGGUUUUUCUGCUCAGCGGCCAUGACCAGAGGAUCCACCUGUACAUGGAGAACGCCUCCCUGCACCAGUUUGAAGAGCAACCAGUAGAGAAAUUGUUCCCUGAACUACAACAGCUGCCCAGCGAUGUGUUAUGGUUAGAUAUGGUGAGUGUAGCAGUCGGACAGCGGCUCUCAGCAUAUGGCUGUCAGAAUGGCUGCAUUGGACUGGCUUUGGUGAACCAGACCAGACCAGAGGUUCUGCAGAGCUGGCGGGUGCAGUUUGACAGUCCGAUUUCCACCGUGCUUUUGUUUCCACUCAGCUGCCAAACCAAGUCCAGCGAGGCCAGCGGAGAAAAAAGUGAGGAAGUUGAUGGCUACAACCUUCUGAUAACCAGUAACAUAGAGAUGGCAGUGGUCUACAGAGAUGUCCAGGAGUGUGGUUUGGCCCGCUCCACAUGUCUCUUAGGGAGCGAUCAGUGGGAUGCAGUCCUCUGUGCGCUGGUCAUUGACCUGGACUUUGAUGGGCAGAAGGAGGUGCUGUUGGGAACGUACGGACAGGAACUUCUCUGUUACAAAUUCCAGCCGGUAGGUAGUGGGCGAGACGGACAGUUUCAGCUGCAGUGGAGGCGGAGCUUCAUGAGUCCUUUGCUGUCCGUUAUCUAUCUUGACUUGACCGGAGACGGUUUGAGAGAACUGGCUGUCCUCACACUGAAAGGACUGCACAUCCUACAGCACAGUCUCACCUGCACUGCUGAUUUGGUCCUCGAGAGGCUCUCACAGAAGGUUUCAGCGUUAGCUGCCAGCUCUGAGCUACAGCCAGAUGAAGCUGCAGACAAUGAGGACAGCGAUGCUCCAGCUCAGAUCCAGGAAGGUGAUCAGACUCCUACUUGUUAACAAAGAUCCAGUGGUAUAUUUACAUGUUAGUCCCAGUGGACCACAGUGGAAUGUUUGUUGUAAUUAAAUGUGCAGUCGUAAGGAUUACCUCAGGGGUGUACUGGAUUUAGGAGGACUGAUUAUUCAUUUAACAUCACAUUGGUAUUCAGUAGACAAACCUUCAUAUGUUGUUUUCUGUAGCUGCAGGUGAGCUGCAAAACAAGCAAGGGAGCACUCUUCCAAAAGGCUAAAUCAGUACAGUUUGAAUAAAGUGAUGUGAACAUGCGAUGGUGAAUGUGUGUAGUUUUUACAGAAAAUAAAUUACAAAUUUGUAUUAAG